AGCUGCAAAUAUUGCGCUGUUUAAAUCUCCGCAGAUAGUCAGCAACGAAGACUGCUGCAGAAGUCUAGUGUACAAUAAGAAAUAAGAUUAAAAGGAUCUAUUCUUGUCUCUCAAGCUUCGCCAUACCUCAUCCCCAAGCACACGCUGACGUGUAAUAUGGCAAUUCAAUUGACUCAAUCGCUGCCAGCAUUUCAAAAGGCAUACAAAGUGCGAGGCGCUGGCGAUGCCAGUUUAGAAACAUCCGUUUCUGUUCCGGAGCCCAAAGAUGACCAAUUGCUCGUACGAGUUGUUGCCGUUGGGCUUAAUCCCCACGACUGGAAAUCUCUUGAUAUGUCACCCAUGCCAGGAGCAACAUGGGGAUGCGACUUUUCUGGAGAGGUCGUGAAGACUGGCAGUGGGCUAGCGAAGAAUUUCCGGGUCGGAGAUCGUGUCGCUGGUGCAACUCCAGGAAAUAACUGGGAAGAUCCAACAACAGGAGCUUUUGCUGAGUAUGUCGUUGCUCCCUGUGCACUUGUCUACAAGAUUCCAGAGUCGAUGGGGUUUGAAGAGGCAGCUACACUAGGUGUUGGUAUGCUCACGAUUGGCCUUACCUUGUACCACGCCAUGAAGCUUCCCUUGCCACAUGCUCCGGUGGAGAAUCCACAAUAUGUGCUCGUAUAUGGUGGUGGUACGGCUACAGGAACGCUUGCUAUACAAGCUUUAAGAUUGUCUGGAAUGAUUCCAUUAACAACCUGUUCUCCAAGCCGGUUUGAUCAAGUCAAGGCUCUUGGUGCAAAAGAAGCAUGGGAUUAUCACUCACCUUCGUGUGGGUCUGAUAUUCGCGCUUAUACCGAUGACAAGCUCGUAUAUGCUCUCGACUGUAUCACAGAUACGGGUAGCAUGAAGGUUUGCUACGCCGCCAUAGGCAGCGGGGGUGGACAGUAUGUUGCUCUUGAUCAAUUCCCAAUUCGGGGCCAUACAAGACGCAACGUUAAGCCAGAUUGGGUUAUCACAUGGACGCUCCUAGGGAAGCCUGUUCACUGGAAAAAGCCAUACCGGCGCGAUGCGAGGCCUAAGGACAAAGCAUUCGGCGAUAAGUGGAUUCCUAUGAGCCAGAACUUGCUCGACUCAGGAGAUAUCAAAACCCACUCUAUUGAAGUCAGUGACGAUGGCCUGGCUGGUAUUCUUGCCGGCGUUGACAGACUGCGGAAAGGAACUACAGGGGGAAAGAAAUUAAUAUAUCGGAUCAACCAGCCAUUGGCAGUCUAG